AUGAUAAAAAGUAGUAGUAAUGGAUUUAUUUCAACUUCUUUAAGUUUAAAUGAAAAUAAUUCAAACAAAACAUCACUGUCAUCAAAUCCAGAGGAUUCAACAUCAAAAACACUUAAAUCAAAUAGAUUUCCCCCUCGUAAAAAAAUUAAUGACCUCACAGAUUUAGAGAAUAUGCGUAAACUAAUAACAGAAACAAUUUAUAGUAAAGCCAAUGUGGGAGAUUUACUGCCAUGUAUGAAAGCGAAAGAAUUUUGUGAAGUUUAUGAGAAUCUUGAUAAACAAAAUAAGAAAAAUCUCUUGAACAUUCUUGCUCGAGAUUUUGGUAAAAUGUGA